UAAUAAAUUAUGUAUAAUAAAUUGUGGAAAUAUUAUUUAAAAAUUUGCAUAAUGUAAACAAAUAGAAUUAAAUAUUUUUAAAAAUUGUGUAUAUUUUGUAUAAAAUGUGGGUGAAACCAGAAGAAGUAUUAUUAGCAAAUGCUCUUUGGGAAACAGAGGAAUCAACACUUUAUUUUGUAUUGCAACAUCGUAAAGGGCAUGGCAAAUCAAAAAGUUUAUCAUCGCUUUUAGUUGGCACGAUAGAUAGUGUUUUUGAUAAAAAACCACCACCGUAUAGAAUUUUACAUCAAACACCAUCCUCAGAAGUUUACUAUGUUAUCGCUUGUGCAUUACACAAAGAUGAGAUAUUACGUGAUUGGGAAUGGCUCUUUAGUAAUGUUUCGGAGACGUUACACUCAUUUGAUAGCGAAGAUGAAAUAUCAGAAUUUGUAUUUUGUAAAAUACGAUCAAUGAUUGCAAAUAAUCAAGACCCAGCAUGUAUUGAAGAUGAAGAUACAGAAGAGUUUAAAAGUACAUCCGAAAAAUUUCAUCGACUUUUUAAUUUACCUGUUGAUGAGAAGUUGGUAAAUUAUUAUUCUUGCAGCUAUUGGAAAAGUAAAGUGCCAAGACAAGGUUGGUUAUAUAUGACUGUAAAUCAUGCAUGUUUUCAUUCAUAUAUAUUAGGUAAAGAAACAAAAUUAGUAAUACGAUGGUCGGAUGUAACACAACUAGAAUCAACAAAUAGUUUACUUUUUCCUGAAUCAAUACAAAUUGCGACUCGUGAUAAAGUACAUUAUUUUUCUAUGUUUAUGCACAAAAAUGAAACUUUUCAGUUAAUGCAACAAAUUGUUAACUUAGCUAUGAAACAGAUAAUUGAUGACAAAGGCGGUUUUAGUGAAGACAGAGAUUUACUAAAUAAGCUCAGUAAAAAUGUUCCAAAGAAGCCUUCAUUCCUAAAGCGUGAUUUGGACGCGAAAAAACAUUCCGAAACUUAUAGAAUAAAAUUUCGUUUACCGUUUGUUGAAAAAUUAGAUGGAACUACAGAAGCAACAUUGUGGACACCAUAUAAUAGAAAGUAUAUAUGGGGUUGUUUGUAUUUGUCACAGAAUUUCAUAUGUUUUGAAAGUCGGGUAAAAAAAUUGGUAUCUUUGGUAAUUCCACUACGGGACGUACGUUUGGCUGAAAGUGUUCAAAAUCGCAAUACAAAAUCAGAAAGUGACAAUGCAAUAUUAAUAACAACUUAUGUCUCAAGCUUUCUAUUUGCACAAAUACAUGAUCGUGAUUUUGUUGUACAAAAAAUAUCUGAAUUAUUAUCACGAACAAAAUUAUCAACAAUUCAACCACAAUUGGGUGGUGAUAAUUUGAGUUUACGAAGUAGUGCCAGUAGUUCAAGUGUUAUUAGUCAUUGUGAUGAAGUGAAACCAUCUGAACCAUGGAAAUUACAACCGCCGUUAAUGACAUUGUAUCCGUUAGAUAAUACGAAAGAAUUAUCUGAAAUACAAGCUAAAAAAGAAAAAUUGUGGAUUGAUCAUUUUGAAGAAUAUGGCCGAGGUGUUAGUAUUUAUAGAACCACUGAGACAGCAAAAUUAAUACUGCAAGGUGUACCAGAUCGAUUACGAGGUGAAGUUUGGUUGUCGUUUUCAGGCGCUUUAAAUGAAAUGGCAAUGAAUCCAGGAUUAUAUCAAACUUUAGUCGAACAGUCUUUAGGAAAGCAAUCCAUUGCUAAUGAUGAAAUUGAAAGAGAUCUACAUCGUUCAUUACCUGAACAUCCAGCGUUUCAAACAAAAACUGGUAUCGAUGCAUUACGACGAGUUCUAUCCGCAUACGCAUGGCGUAAUCCACAAAUUGGUUAUUGUCAAGCAAUGAAUAUUGUUGCAUCCGUAUUAUUAAUAUAUUGUUCAGAAGAGGAAGCAUUUUGGCAGCUAGCUUUCUUAUGUGAGAACUUACUACCAUAUUAUUAUAAUACACGUGUAAUUGGCGCUCAAGUGGAUCAAGGUGUUUUAAAUGAUUUAGUAUCUGAACACUUAAAAGGACUUCAUGAUCGUUUAGAUCAAUUAGGUUUAAUUAAAAUGAUAUCGUUAUCAUGGUUUUUAACAAUAUUUUUAAGUGUGAUGCCAUAUGAAAGUGCUGUAAAUAUUAUGGAUUGUUUCUUUUAUGAUGGUGCUAAAGUUAUUUUUCAAGUAGCGUUAACAAUUUUAGAAUGGAAUAAAACAAAAUUAUUAACAUGUAGAGAUGAUGGUGAGGCUAUGCAAUUAUUAGCUAAUUUCUUAAGUGGUGUUUACAAUGAAGAAGGUGGUGGUGCAUUACGAAGUUGUUAUGUUACCCAAAAAUUUGUUAAAAGUAUUUCAAUUCAUACUUUAAUAUAUGAAGCGUACAGUCGAUUUGGAUUUCUUGCAACAAGCACGAUUGAACGACAAAGACUCAAACAUAAACUAUUGGUAGUACAAAAUUUGGAGGAAGGCAUUGAAAAAAAUGCAAUUCGAAUUGUUGCUAAUGAUGGAUACUUUACACAAGAUGAACUAAAAGAUUUACUAGGUCUUAUACGUGAAGAAUUAUUAGCACAAAGACGACAUAAUACAGAUAAACAUGAUCCACUGUAUCCAUAUGAAGCGUAUAAAGUUGAUUUUGAAUUUUUCCGUUUAUUAUUUUUGGGAAUUUCACCGUGGGGCAAAGGAAUACACUCUGAAACAAUUGCUACUCGUUUAUUCCGAUUAAUGGAUAGUGAUAACGAUGGAUUUUUAAACUUCAGAGAAGUGGGUACAAUUUUCGGAAUAAUUUGUGCAGCAGAUAUGACUCAAAGAUUAAAACUACUAUUUAUUAUUCAUUUACCUCCAUUACUUUCGGCAUCAGAUUUCGAUUCGCCCACAAAGUCACCAAGUGAAGCUGAAGUAGCUGCUGAGGCUACAGAUUUUUUCAAUAUUUCAACUACAGUGCCAUUACAAGAGUCUCCAGAAAAUGCAAUAAGUGCAGGUGAUAUGCUUACACCAAGUACACCAUUAAUACCUUCGUUACCACAAUCUUCUUGUACCACACCUUGUCAAGCAGGAUCUGGUGAAUGUUGGAAUAUGAAAAGUAUUUGUGGCUUAAGAGCCAUAGCUGAAUCUCGAGAAAGUAAGAUUGAUCUGAAAACAGUACCAAAAAUGUCACAAGUACAUUUUAACAUUUUAUGGAUGACAUUGUAUGACAUGUUCCACGAUCAAAGCGAAGAACAGGAUAGCAUUGCCACUGUCGGAACUUUAUUGCUACAAUUGGGAGACGUAGGUAAAAAAUUUUCUUCAGAACGCGAUGAAUCCACUGAUAGUUUAUUCGCAGUGGCUACUGCAGCAAACAGCUGUAUCGCAAUAUCACCAGAGGAUAUUCCCGAUAAAAAUGGAAAUCCAAAUUCAAAAGUCGAACCUCAAUGGAAUAUCUCAGUUGAACAAUUUUUAGCUACAGCUUUAACAUCUGGUCCAAUAUCAGAAUUUUUCUCAAAGCGGAUCAAUUUAUCGGAAAGUAUUCAACAUUUUCGAAGUCAUCGUUUUAAUCGAUUAAGUAGUAUAUCAGAAACACCUGUUUUGGUUGUUUAAUCAUUCUUUCUUGAUUAUGUAUUCUACAGUAAAUAUUAUCAUUUUUUAAAUUGUACUUUAUACCUUUUAAGUUUUUUUUUCAAUUUAUAGUACCUAAACAAUUUCAAUAUUGCUUAGUUGUUAGUCAUUCACAAAUGAAAUUUACAAAAUUUAAGAAACUCCCUGACUAAUGCGGCCUCUUCCUCGUAGCUCUCUCCAAAGUGAGCCGAUUUUCUCGAAACAUAGAUAAGAACACUCGAUUAAAUUAUCUUUUAAACAAACAAAAAAUCAAAAUUGGUUCACCUGUUUAGGAGCUACGAUGCCACAAACAGACACACACACAUACCGACCAAACUUAUAACACCCCUCUUUUUGCGUCGGAGGUUAAAAACUGAAUUUUUAAAACUAGAAUCUUAGAUAAAGAAUAAAAAUAUAAACAUUUUAUUAUUAUUUUAUAAAGUCUCAGUAUUUUUAGAGUUAUGUACGGGCCAUUCAAAAAAUCGCACCAACCUACAAGAAACUCAAUUUCGAAUAGAGUAUGUAGAAAUUUUAAUAUAUGUUGUUAGCUAAUCUUUAUAAAAAAUCGGUGUUAACGUAGAUAGUAAAAUGGAUAUUAUUAGAAACAUUUUACUGAACACCCCUUAUCAAAAUCGAUUUUUACAUAAGUUUCUUGUAGUGUGGUGCGUUUUUUUGAACGGGAGAUAUGUACGAAUUUCAACAUAAUUUUCUAUGUACAAUUGUCCUCAUUUGAUGAAAAACUGUGACAAAUAAACUGUGUACUUUUCUUUAGUUACUUUUAUCGUCUAAAUAAUUUUUAUUUUAUCAUUUUCUAUUAAUAAAUAAUAUUUCAUAAUUUUCUGUUUUCUUGAACGUCUUUAAAAAGUAACAUUUACUCUUGAAUAGUAAUAAUAUCAGAGCCAGACGUAUAAAUAUUCAUGCAUGGGAUAUAUAGAUAAUCAUGCGUUUGAUAGUAAUACUAUUUUUGACCUUAAAAGCAGCCUUCUUGGGAACAAAAGUUGAUUUUCCCGCAACAUGAAAAAUUAAUUAAAACUAAGAACGGGACAUACGGAGCGUUUUUUAAAGUAAUAAUAGAGGUAAAUGUUUUUAAAAUAAUCUAUAAAUCCAAUAGUUGUGCAAUAAUUAGUGGAUAAUGGGAGUAAUUUUUGCUUAUUUCAAAAAUAGCCCAUUUUAAGGAAUGGAAUUUUUUCAAAAAAUAUGUAUACGCCUGAC